UUCUGCCAGCUAUUAAGGGAUCGAGUGCCAGCAUGCUGUAGCUCAUAGAAUCUCAGCGUCGUCACCCUCUACUUGUACUUGACUUGAAAGCCUCGAACUUCGCACCUCUCAAUGUCUGUUACGCUACUUUCAGAGGAGACCAAAAAGAAAGCAAACUCGCAACUUCUUGUUAUAAAACAUGGUCAAUACCGGGUCAUGGUUAAACGCCAAAGGUCGUAUAAUCGCAUGCUUGACUCCGUCUACAAAUAUUUCCCAGGAAUUCCGAGAGAUGUGGUCACGUUGCGGACAAAUGAACUCGAUGUUUGCGAUGGCCACUAUUUGGACAUCACGGUUGAAGUAUGGGACAAUGUCAUUGACUUGCUUAACGUCGUUGAGGUGACUCGGCGUGAGGAAAUGACAUUACCCGUCCCACUGCCGCUUGAUGAUCAAUCGGCGCCAAGUGAGGUUAAGGAACGUGACAGCUCGGUGUUGGAAUGGGGCGGGAUGGAAGUUCUCGUUUGAUAUUCUGUCAGAUUACUCAAAUUUGUGUAGGUGGUAUCGUGUUUUAUC